AUGUUCAACAAAUUCCUGAUCUCGCUGCACGUACGACUGACCGAGACCCACAAGAACGAAGCAUCCAUGGAGCGGGCCAAAGGCUCUCAAUUGGGUGGACGAGAACAAGCACUGGCGGCACCUGGUCUGGAGCCCGGGCACCCAGUACUGCAGCUGGAUGGCCCCAAGAAAUGCGCACAAAAGCAGGCUGCAGUGGAGCCCACCAAGCCCACGGUGAAGCCGAUGCAGGAUCUUAAGACGCUGCCCUGGACGCGCUACGUCGUCGGAGCACAGCUGCAGCAGGGAACCAUCUGGGACCAGGUGAACGUUGUCUAUGACGAAGACCACAUCAUGGAGUCUUUGCCCCUGGAGGAAAUCGAGAAGCGCUUUGGCAAAAGUGCCGGCCUUCAAAAGGUUGCGAAGGUCGAGGUCAAAGAGAGCAAGAAGCCUAAGACGGUGAAGAUUGACAGCAUCACGCAGCAGCAGCGCUUCCAAAUUGAGGUGAGCUUGCGCACCCUGCCGGUGAGCCUCAACAACGGCGCCAAGGCCGCGCAGGCUCUCAAGGAGCUGGACAGAUCUGCCAUCACCGCAGAGGCGCUUCAGACGCUUCGGCGCUUUCUUUGCCCGAGCCCGGAGCAGGAGAUGGAGCUCGCCAGCAAGAGGAAUGCCGUGGAGGCGGAGAAGUCGUCGGAGGAUCCCUUUGUGUGGGACCCUGUGGAGCAAUUCAUGGAGGACCUUGCGCAAGUCCGCGGCUGCUCUAUGCGGCUCAGUUGUUGGGGGUUCCUGUACAACCUUCCCGAUAGGCUCAGCCAGCUCCAGGACAACUUGCAGCGCUUCGAAAAAAUGGUUCGAUGUUUCCUCACAUCAGUGGAGAUUCCCUUCUUGCUGAGCUUGGUGCUGGCUUUCGGGAACUAUCUCAACGGUGGCAAGAACGAGAAACGCUUGGGUCAGGCGGAUGGCUUCCAUGUGGAGCUGCUCGGUCGGCCAGGUGGGCUGGACGUCGUGAACGACGUGCAGGGCUGCAACCUGCGACAGCUAAUCUUCACCGUCUACUGCGAGAAACACCAGGGUCGAGCAGAGCAGCUUCUCCGGGAACUGGCGCCAAUGUUCGGUCUGGUUCAGCGGCGCCUGGGCAAAGAUGCCCAGGGUGUUCCCCAAAUCAGGAAGAGCGUUCGCGUCCAGAUAGAGGAGCUCGAUAAGCAGCUAAUGCAGCUCAAGAGCGAGUUCUCGGCACGUCACCAGGAGCUCAAGGAUGGCUUGAAGCUCAUCUCCGAUCCAGCCGACAAGUUCGUCGUUGAGGUGCCGCCGGAGUUCGAGCGCGCCAGGCAGCAGGUGGAGGACCUCGUGCGACAGAAAGACACGGUGGUGCAGCAGUUUAAGUUGGUCCUGGCCAACUUCAAAGCGGAGACGUACCGUGGGGACUCUGUGAUCGUGGAUGGCCAAGUCAAGGAUGGCAAUCCCAAGGAGGAAAUGACGAGCGAAGUGUGGUGCAAGAUUUGGGACGACUUCUUUGUUCCCGGUGAGCGUGUCUUGACCUUCGACGAGAAGCGGCAGAAAGAGCUGAUCGAACCCCACUUUUGCAAGGAUUCUCCAGUGACCGUAGAAAGCCUGGCCAUUCUUUGGGGUCUUCCCAGCGCCACCCUGGGCCCCUCGCAGCGCCCCCGCGCGAAAGCGGCCCGCAGGAGGACGACGGCCUGA